UUGACAUACGUAGCUGUGAAGACCGCGCAUGCGCAGACCUGUGAUCAAGCUGCGCACUGGUUCAAAGUUUGCACGGUCGCAGUGUUGUUCAUAACACGCCGUCAACUCUCCACGUUGCUGCAGUUGUGGUUUGAAAUCAGCUGAUCGACCUGCUGCCCCUUACCUGUUGGAGUCCGAGUCGCUGAUGCUUUAGUAGAAUGAGACACGCCGACAAGAAGGACGAACUUCCAGUUUACCAACGGGUCGUGUCGAAGAACGCUUCACCGUACCACUACAUGAAGGUCUGCCUUGUGUUGGAAGAUGCAUCUACCAGACUGAGCGCAGUUGAACUGAAGCAGUUCAUCAUCACAGGUCUAAAGAGUCUGUACGGAGAGGUGGGAGCAGCGCUGACCUUUGACCUGCUGAAAUAUGAUGAAGACACCCUCACUGCUUUUCUGCGUGUUGGCAGCAGGGGAUUGGUGAAGCUGUGGAGCUCCCUGACACUGCUGGGCUUUUACCAGAACCAGGCCUGUGCCUUCAGAGUGCUGCAGGUGUCUCCGUUCCUGCUUGCGCUGACAGGAAAUAGUCGUGAGCUGCAGCUGGACUGAAAGAAGAAGAAGAGAAGGAGCGUUAUUUUCUUCAGGAUGAGUUUCACGUGGAGCAGUAUCUUUAACAAACCUCGGCUGUGCC